UUUAACGGGUAAUAUUAGUUUCAUGUAGCGGCUAACCAUCUGGGAAUUGAACUCGUCUCAAAAACGUUUAGGCACACUGUGGUGACGGUGUCUGGCGUUACAGGUAGUAAUUCUCAAGAAGUCGAGAGGGAAUUGUGAACUUCUGAAUGAUGAAACGGCGACUUCGAUCUCACUUUGUUAUCUUAUUGACGGUGCUUUGUCUCGGUGUUUUAUAUACUCUAUUCUUCUUAACGGGAAAACCUGUCAUAUUUGGACUGAACAUUUUGAACAGAGAACGGACUGGAGCAAAUUCACCUCUCUUCCUCAAUGCAGUGGAGCAGAGGCAAGAUGGCGUCAAUAAAAUAACAGGAACCACGAAAGAUAUCGAUUCCAAAUUAAGGCAAAGAUCCGAUCGGAUUGAGUUCCGAAUAUUCAAAGAAAGUGGGGAUCAUUUGAUGUAUUUAUACGACCUCUUGCUGACGUCACUACCCUGGGAAUCGAAUCCUAGCAAUCUAGCCGAGUUCAGGGAAAAGUUGUUGAACCAUACCAACUCGACCUUCCAGGACGAGUUCGUGUUGACUCAUCGCAACGUGAGAGUAGGAGAUAGACUGCCGUAUUCAUUCACUAAUACCAGGCCAGACAAUAAAACAUUCUUCUACAAACUCUCCAAGAAAUUCAUUAAAGACGAUGUCCCACCGAUUUCACCACUAUCUGGCAAACGAUUCAAACGAUGUAGCGUGGUUGGCAAUAGUGGAAUUCUCUCAAAUAGCAAAUGUGGAAAGGAGAUUGACCAAUCAGAUUACGUCAUCAGGUCGAAUUUUCCGCCGAUACGCCCUCACGUGGCGGACGCCGGUUGGAAAACCAACAUAACGACGAUGAAUCCGAGUAUUAUUCAAAGAAGAUUUAAAAACCUGAAGACCAAAGAGGCUACAAUUUCAUUCGUAAAUGCCACCGGUGAUUACUACGGUGUCCUUUGGUUGCCAUGUGUGGCAUCCACCGCCAUGAUUGGUUUAUGCCUAAAAGCAAAACACACCCUUGAUAACUACGGUGUCCGAAAUCCUGAGACAUCCAUCGCCAACCCAUUACAUUAUCUAGCAAUACUCGACUUUUGGAAAGAGAGGAAAAUGACGGAGUUCCUGUCAACAGGUUUCUUCAUGACUCACUUGGCACUGACUAUGUGCGAAGAGACACACCUCUACGGCUUCUGGCCCUUCCCCUACAGGGUGCCAGACAGAGUGACAGACACUGGUAUAAACACAUUGAGGAAAGUCAAGUAUCACUACUUCGACAAAAUCGGGUCAAAUAAAGCUCAUUCGAUGAACGAUGAGUUUUCUGUACUGCUUCAGAUGCAUGUUUUGGGACUCCUUAAGUUGCAUGUCAGAGACUGCGACGUUUGAGUCUCAUUCAACCGGGACGUUUGAGUCUCAUUCAACCGGGAUGGACUUUUCUUUGAAGUUCUCUUCAAUGAUGUCACUGCAUUAGGACGCCCUCACGCAGAGAGGUAAAAGAAGCGUCCCACAUAUUAAUUUACCAGUCAGAAAGCCCAUAGACAAACCAAGGUGUACACAAAGAGUCUGCUAGGGUCAAAACGUCAGGCCAUUAACUAUUUAUGCAUCUAUCCCUGCCAUCGGUCCUUUUGGUUGGUAACUUGUUUGUAAAAUUUAAUUAUUUCUAUUUCUCGUAGUUAUUUCUGGUAAUGAAAACAUAAUGCAUCAUAAGUAAAUUUAAUCAUAGCUCAUAACAUAAGAGGCUUGCUUUAUGAACCACAAACACUUUGAUCAAGUGUUAAGGGUACAAGGGACAAUCAACCCCAUUCUAUUUCAAGGACUAAGCAACUAUUGGUAUAGUGUCUUGCUUUGACACAAUUGUAAUUGUGGUUUAUUAGUAAUGUAGUUUUCUGAUUAAUUAAUAUUUCCAGUAGUUUAUUUAUGAUUGUGUGUUAUU